CGCUUAGUAUAAAUUGAAACUUUGAGAUGAAAGCACACGAAAAACGUCAGGGACGCCAUGUUAUUAGAUCUAAAAAGAUCAGUAUUUUUUGUGUUUAUUGUUUUGGAUUAACUUCACAUUUCGAUCCAGGCUAAAUGGCAGUUUUUUCUUCCUCCCGCUCGUAUCAAUAAUAUAAUAGCCAUAAAAUUUGAUAACAACCGAUUCUCGCUUAAUAUACGGUCGAAGUGGAUAUAAGGUUCGAACGUUGACCAUCUGCUCUUUAUGUCACAUUAUUUGCCUCCCGGAACCAUGACAUGCGGUUACCGUGUACCAAUCAGAAAAAGCUGGUGAAAAAACUGUGAAAUGGAAACUAGGUUGGACAGACUAUUCCUCCUCCUGGAUACUGGAUCAUCUGCCGUCACCAGAAAAGCUGCUGCCCAACAACUGGGUGAAGUUCAACGUCUACAUCCUCAUGAGCUGCCACUCUUGCUGAAAAAAAUUUUUGUGCAUCUGAAAAGUCCUUCUUGGGAUACUCGAAUUGCUGCCUCUCAAGCCAUCAAUGCUGUGAUUUCUCAUGUUCCUCAGUGGGACCCUCUUCCUAUCCCUAUCAAAACUGAGAGUGAUGUCAGUUUACCAAGUGGAAAACUUGGCCAGCUUAAAUUCAGUACAUUUAGCAUCAGCACUGUCUUGGCAAACCGCCACUUUUUAACAGCAUCAGAGGGCAAAGAAUUUGAUGAUGAUGAUUUUUUGUUGGCCGAUCCAAAAGAGAGGUUAGCUCGUCAGCGUAAAGCACUGAAUGAUAACCUUGGUCUUGAGCUAGCAGCCAAGUUAGGUAUUGAUACUGGAGAAAUUGUCACUGCAGAGGAUUUAACUGGGCAGCAGGAACAUGCUGUAAACGCCCCAGACAUCUCAUCUGAGACGCCACUUGACGAUGAAGCUGAAAAACUGAAGAAACAACUUAGUUCCAGGGAAGCGAAUAGAGCAAAACGAAAGGCCCGUCAAGGGGGAAAACAAAAAUCUCUUGAUGGGAGCCCUUCUGACGGGGCAUCUAGUAGUAAGAAAAUUAAAAAAGAAAAAGAAAUAGAAAUCGUCAUUGAUAGCAUACCAGAUCCUGCUGGAACUUGGCCUGAUUCUGCUCAAACGUGGCCGUUCGAAAGCUUUUGCGACCUUCUUGUCACUAAGCUUUUAAGUCCCUGUUGGGAGGUUAGGCAUGGAGGAGGCACGGCAUUACGAGAAAUAAUUCAAUUACAUGGCCGUGGAUCGGGACGGACUACCCAUCAGACCAUGCCUGAAAUGAAAGCAGCUCACGGCAGUUGGCUAGAAGAUGUAUCUUUGCGCCUACUUUGUGUCCUUGCAUUAGAUCGUUUCGGCGAUUUCAUUUCAGACCAAGUUAUUGCACCUGUUCGGGAAACAACUGCCCAAGCUCUGGGCUCGCUAGCCAAGUUAAUGGAUACUGAGCAGGUCAAGUUAGUCGUCGCAGUUCUACUUCAGUUAUUGGAGCAAACAGAAUGGGAAACACGUCACGGUGGCCUGUUGGGCCUAAAGUACUUGAUGGCGGCUCGACAGGAUCUAUCUCAACAACUAUUACCCUUGGUCUACCCUAGCCUCUUUAAAGGGCUACAGGAUGAUGUAGACGAUGUCAGCGCUGUAGCUGCUGCGGCUUUGGUACCUUUAGCCGACCCUCUAGUCAAUCUUUUGCACCUGAAUGAAAUCGGCACUUUGCUCAAGACGCUGUGGGACUCUCUUCUCGAACUAGACGAGCUGACAGCCUCAACUAGCUGUAUCCUCACUCUGCUGUCAUCUUUGAUGGCCCGUUCGGAAACGGUGCCAUGUUUACAACAUCUUCCGUUAGUUGAUUUGGUUCCACGACUAUGGCCAUUUCUUUCUCAUUCCUCUACCAAGGUUCGCCAUUCGACGCUAAAGACGUUGGAAACUUUGUUGAUUCUUGGCCAUACUACCGAGUGGAUGGAAGGGCUAGCAUCUGACCUCCUCCGCCAUGUAUUCCAGCGGGCAAUGCUAGAACAUCAGCAAGAAAUACUCGAGCAUAUAGAAAAGCUGUGGGGUCUGCUUAUAAGACGACUACCCCUUCAAAUUUUACUUCCCUCUGCUUGUCCUUGCGUGGCUACAUGGCUUUGCAUGAUGAUGCAGCCUUCACGUCUACCAUUCGAUCCAUCUAUUUUGAUAUUUCCACCUGUUCGCAAAGAACCGAGUGAAAGUCGACGUCGAAGUACUAGCGGACCUCUUGGAGAUGCCUCUCCCGUCGAAACAAAAUAUUUUAUAGCAGGAACAGACCAUGUCUAUGAAAAUGCCCUUCAGCGAGAAAAGGCGGUCACCAGAGCCCGUUGUCUGGCCGCAUCUCUGUUGGGUUUACUCUCAGAAUUUCUUGUUCAAGUGAUGCCUGGAUUGACCUACUCGGCCGACAUGGAGUCACCAGUGGAAUGUUACGCCAAAUUACUGCUAGUCCAUUUAAACAGCCGUUCAGCGAUCCAGCGUACUGCGGUUGCAAUGGUAAUGGCCGAGUGGGGUGAGAGAUGUGCAGCAGUCACACCACCGACUGUUUUAGUCGACCGGCUUCAUCUUACUUUGACCGAAAGCAUAUAUUAUGAUGAAAUUGGUGUCGCAUAUGCUCGUUUGUUGCACGACGCCAGAGAUUUCAUCGCCACACUUAGGCACUACAGGUUGGAUGUCGAGUCCGCUUUCCCGUCUGCCAACGCCAGUUUCUUAACACCAGAGCAAAUCCAAUCACUAACGGGUCCGAUAACAGUUCAGCUCUUAACUAACUCUAAGCUAAAGAGUAAAAUCACUGAAAUGCUGGAAGAUAGGAGAAAAUCUUUAUCGAGUGCCUGUUUACAGGUGUCGACCGAUCAAAACAAGUUAAACAACACUACUCUGUCAGCACUAGCACGAGCAGUCGUGGGUUUUCGUAUUUUACCCGUACACACAGUGAAUCCAGUGGUCAAGCCCUUAAUGGAUUCAAUCAAAAUGGAAGAUAAUGAACAACUGCAAGAAUCUGCCGCUCGAUCCUUAGCGCGUCUUCUGGAGCUUUGUCAAUUUAGAAAUCCCUGCCCCAACAACAAAAUUUUGAAGAAUUCGUGCAAUUUUCUUUGUGCUGAUCCAGAAAUCACGCCGAAGGUAAACACAGAAGAAAUGGAUGGCAUUUUGAUGCUGAUACAGCAACAGCGAUUAGCCGAAAAAAGUACUGGAGGUAAAAAAUCUCAGAUUGAUGGAGAUAUCGCCGGCACACGUGCGAUAGAAAUUCAGCGAAGAGGAGCUGUGCAUGUGCUAAAAUCAGUGGCAUCCUAUUUUGGAGCUGAAAUGCCACAAAAAGUGCCCUAUCUUUGGGACUCAAUAAUGAGCAUACAGGCCGUUGAAGAAAACGGUCAAAACGAUGCGGCUGGAAUCUCUAAAGCAGAAGAUUUAAUCCAGUGCUUACAGAUCCUGGAGGUUAUAGUGUCUUCCGUUCAUGCUUCCUUACAUGUGCAAGUUCUCGAUUUGCUACCGACGUUGUGCGAUCUUUUGGAGCACAAUUUAAGAGCUGUUCGUCAUAUGGCGAGCAGGGGACUGGCUGCGCUCGGAGCUGUUGAUGGCGACCAUGUCCUCACAAUUGUGGUGGAAAAAGUCAUACCAAUGUUGGGUGCCAUUGACCGGGAACAAAUGCGGCAGGGAGCAAUCGAAGCCGUAGCCUGUUUGGUUGAACAAAUGGGAAUGAAUAUCAUACCGUUUAUUGUCCUCUUGGUCAUUCCUGUCCUCGGUCGUAUGAGCGAUACAAACCAGUCUGUCCGAUUGGUGGCCACUCAGUCAUUUGCGACAUUAAUUAGGCUCAUGCCUCUUGAAGGAGGAGUACCGGAUCCACCCGCCCUUAGUCCAGAGUUAGCAGAAAAGAAGGUUCAGCAGCGUCGAUUUCUGGAGCAACUCUUUGAUCCUAAAAAACUGGAAAACUACAAGAUCCCUGUUACCAUAAAUGCGGAGUUGCGCUGUUAUCAACAGGACGGUGUUAAUUGGUUAGCAUUCCUAAACAAAUAUGGAUUGCAUGGCAUUCUGUGUGAUGACAUGGGACUCGGCAAGACCCUUCAAACCAUCUGUAUCAUUGCUUCUGACCAUCAUCAGCGAAAAGUUGACUUUGAACUUACUCGGAAUCCAUCUUCGGUGGCUUUGCCAUCUAUCGUCAUAUGUCCUCCUACUCUAACGGGUCAUUGGAUGGAUGAAGUGGAGAAAUUCGUGUCAGCUGAUAUGUUGAAUCCUUUGCACUACACUGGACCUCCAUCCGAGAGAAUGCGUAUUCGCAAUAGAGCAUCUCACCAUAAUCUCAUCAUUGCCUCGUACGACAUCGUUAGGAACGACCUAGAUUUUUUCAGUUCUAUACGCUGGAACUUUUGCGUUUUGGAUGAAGGUCAUGUCAUAAAGAACGGCAAAACAAAGCUAUCCAAAGCAAUAAAACAAUUGAUUGCGAAUCAUCGUUUGAUUCUAUCUGGAACGCCAAUUCAGAAUAAUGUCCUUGAACUAUGGUCCCUUUUCGACUUCUUAAUACCUGGUUUCUUGGGAAGCGAAAAGCAGUUCCAGGCUCGUUACAGUAAACCAAUCUUGGCUAGUCGGGAUGCGAAAGCCUCCUCAAAAGAACAGGAGAACGGAGUUCUAGCCAUGGAGUCGCUCCAUCGCCAGACUCUACCUUUCCUUCUGCGGCGAAUGAAGGAAGACGUCCUGAAGGAUCUCCCACCUAAAAUUACUCAAGACUACUAUUGUGAUUUGAGUCCACUUCAAGUUAAGCUUUAUGAAGAUUUCUCAAAGAAGCACGCAGAAAUGAAUCAAUCAAGCCAGACAUCAGGUGCUACACCUGCUCAUGCGCACAUUUUCCAGGCAUUACAAUACCUUCGCAAAGUCUGCAACCACCCGAAGCUUGUACUGACACCAAAGCAUCCUCAGUUUGAAGUCUUUAACCAGCAACUUAAGGAUCAAAAGAGCAACCUUUCUGACUUGCAGCACGCUAGCAAGCUACUAGCUUUGAAACAAUUGCUACUUGAUUGCGGCAUAGGAUUGGAUACCGCAAAUGGACCCGUUGAUUCUUCGGAUGCUGGCGGCAGCGUAGUUUCUAUCCACAGAGCUUUAAUUUUCUGUCAACUUCGGUCUAUGAUUGAUAUAAUUGAAAACGACUUACUCAAAACACACAUGAAAUCCGUGUCUUACCUUCGCCUAGAUGGAAGCAUUGUCGCAGGUGCGCGACAAGGUGUUGUCAAACGUUUCAACGAAGAUCCAUCCAUUGACGUGCUUCUACUAACAACGCAAGUUGGUGGUCUGGGUCUUAAUUUGACCGGGGCCGAUACGGUAAUUUUUGUCGAACAUGAUUGGAACCCAAUGAAAGAUCUUCAAGCCAUGGACCGUGCCCACAGGAUCGGGCAAAAGAAGGUGGUUAAUGUAUAUCGUCUGAUCACCAGAGGAACAUUAGAAGAAAAAAUCAUGGGGUUGCAAAAAUUUAAGCUGCAAACCGCCAAUACCAUCAUCAGCACAGAAAAUGCAAGUCUUCAAUCAAUGGGGACUGAACAGUUACUUGAUAUUUUUACGCUGGACGGUGGCAAAGCUUCCAAAAACAACAAAAGACCGUCUAGCAGUGAACCGGAAAAUGCUUCUGGCCUUCCUGCUGGUUUCCGAGUAGCUUUGGAAUCCUUACCGGAAUUAUGGAGCGAAGAAAACUAUGAGAACGAGUAUAAUCUUGAUUCUUUUAUUUCGACAUUGAAUCAAAUUAAAUAAGUUUUUGUUUUUGAUCGUAACAACUAAAUUACGUGUUUCCCCUCGGGUCCUUUCCCCUCUCUUUACUCAGCCGUAUUGGUAAAAUCAAAACCUUCCGUAUUUUGUCUGAGUUUGGAAUUUCACAAACCAGUUUACCGAUCUGUAUUCCUGGAAUAGCAAUAAAGUGAUUUUCCGGAAGA